ACACCCUUGUCGUGGGAGGUUACGUCGCGUUAAAUAGCUCCGAUAACGUCCUCUGACAAUUCAACGGGGAAGCCUGGACGCCGGUUUCUCUCACGAGCUCCGAUCGCUACCUCGUCGACGAGAGUCGGUCGAUUCUCGCGAGUGCUGCGUGGAUUUAGUUUCGGUACAGUGGCUGAAGCCGAGAGGAGAGAGCGAACGCUAGUGGGAGACAGAGAGUGCGAGCGAGCGAGAUAGAGAGGGAGAGAGAAGGACAGUCUGUGCGACUCCGUGAUCGAUCCCAGUGUGUCCCGUCAAGGUGUUUUCUUUCCGCGGUCUCCCCGUUGAUCUAUUAUGCCACUGAUCGCAUGUGCCGAUAGAUCGCUUUGACUCGAGAAGUGCUCGAUAAGAGAGAACGCCCGCAAGAUGUUACCGCAGACACCCGAUAUCAUCCCGACUUCGCUCAGCCAGCAAAAGUGCGUGAAAGCGCGAGCUCUGUAUGACAAUAUCGCCGAGGCGCCCGACGAGUUAGCUUUCCGCAAGGGCGACGUGCUCACCGUGCUGGAGCAGAACACCGCCGGUCUCGAAGGAUGGUGGCUGUGCGCUCUGCGAGGACGACAGGGUAUCUGCCCAGGAAAUCGAUUGAGGCUUCUGGUUGGCCAAUACGAUACGGGGGGCUGUUUGGUCGGCAGCAGGGCCGACCUAACCAUUUCAGAGGACGGCGUGCAGAGACAUGGGAAGAGGCGUAGUUGGCAUGUGCAGCCUAACAGGGUUGUGACACCGCAGAAGUGCGGGGAUGUCUACCUCUACGACCUCCCAGCGAGCCGGGGCAGCCCCGCGCCACCCUCCAGACACGAUUCACCCCUCAACUCGAACAAUGAGCACUCGCACAAUACGGGACGAUACACCGGCAGCACGCGGACGACCUCUUCGGCGAACGACAACGCGAACGGGGGUGGCGACACGAACGAGUGCUACGACGUGCCGCCGCGCGCGAUUCCCGUGAUUCCGUCACCGGCGAGCAGCCCGAGUCCGGCCCCGUCGUGCUACGACAUCCCGCGGCCACCGACAUCCUGCACGCCUAACUCCAAUUGCUCCACCGGCUCCGGCAUUACGCCCCUGGAUUGCUACGACGUGCCGCGACCUUUACAACCCCUCACGCCCAGCAGCUCAGCCUCCAGCCUCACCAACGACGGAUCUCUCAGCGGCUCGAACAGAUCGAGUUUGGCCGCUCCUGAUUACGAUGUACCCCGACCACGUCUUCCAGCCUCCUCAUUACCGUCCCGGCACAACACUCCCAUACCGAAGACUCCGACACCACCGCCGCCCACGCAACAAAUCUACGACGUGCCGGUGAGCAAGGAGCUCCCGCUAGAACUGGACUCCGCCUUGGAGGGUCUGCAGAGGUUGCAGAGCGAGGCGUCCGCCGCGAUAGCGAGGCUACUGGGCUUCGUGAGUCCCGGCUGGAGAACGCCGCAGCGAUUGGACGCCACUCUCAUGGACCUCAGGCUGGCCGCUCUCAGGCUGAGAACGUCUCUCCAUGAUCUCGCCGAGUUUGCCGAAGGUACGUUGGGUAACGCGGGUAAAGCCCCUGAUAAGGGUCUGGCGACGAAAUUACGGCCGCUGGUGAAGGCGCUUCGUGAUUCCGACAAGCUCGUGCAGGAAGCCGCUACCGAAUUGGACACGAUAGAAUGGGACGCGAGUAAGCUAUGUCGUGGCGGUGGCGAUACACCGACACCUACUAAUGGACCCCCGCCCUCGUUAUUACCACCUGCACAGCCGGAUCCCCUCGAUCAGCUGAUCGCGUGCGCCCGGGCACUCACGGAAGACGUUCGUCAGGUUGCUAGUUUCAUUCAGGGGAAUUCCACGUUGCUCUUCAAACGAGCCUCCAUCAUCUCCACGGGCAGCAGCAACAACAGCGGCGCCGGCGAGGAUUACGAUUACGUGAAUCUGGAUUCGCGGGAGGUCGUGGCGAAGCAACGGGAGGAGCUGAGGGCCUCGUUGCCGCAGGAGCUGCGCAACAAUUACGACCUGCUGGUGUCUGAGGCGGACAAUGCGGCGAUUCAGAUGGCACCCACGACACCGACGCCCAUGGAUCCGAACGACAAGCAACUAUUAGCCUUUUACGCCGCUCAGGUGAUCACGCACGGCGCGCACCUGACUCACGCGAUCGACGCCUUCCUGCAAACGGUCGAGCACAAUCAACCACCCAAGGUUUUCCUGGCGCACGGCAAAUUCGUGGUGCUGAGCGCUCACCGGCUGGUGCACAUCGGCGACACGGUGCACCGGAACGUGACGCGCAACGACGUGCGGACGCGUGUGCUGCAGUGCGCGAACGCCCUGAACGAGGCUCUUGCGCAGACGGUGUCGAAGACGAAGCAGGCCGCCCAAUUCUUCCCGAGUGUCAGCGCGGUCCAGGACAUGGUCGACAGCGUGGUCGACGUGUCGCAUCUGGCCAAGGAUCUCAAGGUCGCCAUGAUACACGCCGCUCAGCAGCCCUGAAGAGAAACCCCGACGAUCAUCGUCACGACGGCGACGACAACGACGGGACCGCGAAACCACAAGUUCCUCGAAUUCAAAUGCGAUCGAGAGCUCCUCUCUCGCUUAUCUUGAGACCGCGGAGACCGAGGAAGAUCGAGAGGCGUUUUUAGACUUUAACGCGCGAUCAGGUUUCAACAACACCGAGCGAGUCGUAGCUAAUUCGUCGAAAACGAUGCUCGGAGACUCGCACGCGAAAUCUCACCGUCUCGGCUCCCCCGUCGAGAAGCUUCGAGCGAAUCGCGAUAGAAUUCCCUGGCGCGUUCGUGAGAUCACGAGCUGCCGCCGUGUUACGUAAAGAUGAAUCAUAUAAGUGUCUGUCUCAGGUAACUUUCGCGACCUUCGAAGCAUCGUCUUGCGAGAUUACGAGAAGACACGUGGCAGCUCCUGUUAUUAUUUCGAGAUUCAGCGCACGGGCGAGAAAUACGAUAGUCCUGGGAGCGCCUUUCUCUCUUUUCCGGAGAGGCAACCAAGCACUAGUGCAAAAGGUAGUAGUUUCGUUUGGAAUCGCGGUGGAUAGUAUUUUCAAUUCCAAACGGCGAAAUAAUCAAACACAAUGCGUUUCACCCGUAAAACAAAAACGCGGCUUGCUACGCGCACGCACAUCGCGGUGUGUGCGCGUGUGCGCGCGUCGUGCAGCUAUUAACCCUUCGCAUUUAUCGUUAAUAAAGAGAGAGUCCGUGGCCUAGGAACCUGCUACUGCCAAAGCUCCGGUAUAUAGAUAAGUUAAGGAAACGAAGGAAGCCCGCAAUCUUAAAGAAACGAGUAUCCCUGUAACUGCGUAACCGUGAAACAAUGUAAGCAUCGUAAUCUUUCGUAGAGAACACACAUAGCCGUGUACACGUCGUUCGCUAAGAUGGAGACGCGCGGAGGACGACGACGACGAUAGCUCCCCGGCACACGUGUGACACUCCUUGAGGCACGGCUCCUGCGAAUUUUGCGACUCGGCCGAGUGCACCGCGCGUUUCUCGCCAAGCCGAAACACGUGUACGACGCCGGCGAGGAUUAAAGGUGUGUUAGUAGUUUUAUAAAUGUACGUAUACACAGUAGAGGGCAUACGCGCGCGAACAACUAGACGAAACCUCCGUACUCGUGUCUUUUUUUUUUUGAGCCGUUUCCGCCAGCGACAACUGACUUUAGUCUCACCUUUAACUUCUACGGAGGGGAGAACCGCCCGGUUACUUUUUACACUCGGAGGCGAGAUCGAAGCUCGAUAUUAAAGCAACGUUAUUCGACACGCUGAAUCGCGGAACGAGCAUGUUCUAUCUUGAGGUUUAAGCGCAUGCCUCUUCUCGCAACGAGGAGAGAAAAAAAAGAACUUAACACCAAGAAGUCCGAACGUAGUCCAGUUCCGCUGCUGGUAACAAGUUUCACGUCGAUCCGGGAUACAAAAACCCUGCAAGGAGAGAGAAAGAGAACGGGAGACAGAAACGGAUCACUACUUGUUACGCACGGAUUUUUGGAGGAGGAUUUUAAACGAAUUUUAUACGAAGCUUUUUUACCGCCGGGUUUACGACUUUUUCGGGCGCCCAGGCCUUUUUACGGCUCUUCCAUAACAGCGAAUUGAUAAUAUGAGCGCACAACUGUGAGCCGUGCCGUCGGCGGCGGAUCGAAUUUACAACCUGUCGUCCCUGUUGAGACUUAUCUCGACGAGUGCACGUACUCGUGAGUCUCCCUCGAACGAUAAGGUCGCUGUUUACACGUAAAAGACAUCCAGAAUUUUCGUGGAAAAUGGCUACCAGUGUUUUUAUAUUUUUCAGAAAUAUUAGUCGAAAUUCUCAUUUGGUAUAUUAAUUGAAAUUUUCAAUAAUUGAAAUUUAAAUAGAUAUAAUUGCAAUGUGCUCUCAUUCCCGGCGUCACUUACCGGAAAUUUUUAAUCAUGAUUCCUUUAUAUUGGUACUCAUUUGAUAUCCAUGCAUUUACGCAAAAUCAGACGUGACCUCCACGUUGAGAUCCCGGAAGACAUAAUAGGUCUUUUCGCUAAACCAGUGUACAUUUAUAGAACUUAAAAAGAGACGAAUAUACAGAUAAGAUGGAAGAAAGAGUAGAAAGAAACUAGUACAAGUUAAAACUAAUGCAGCGAUUCAGCGAGUUCAACGAAAAAGAACAGGCCUCAUGGCUAAGUUCGCUUUGGACGUUUCCAUGCUGAACGCGUCAUUCCAUUAUUGUUCGUUACAUGCUAAAAGAAGAUGGGAUAAUACCUGUUGAAAAAAAAAAGUAACCAGUUGGGUUUCUGUGAGAAUCUAUAAGAACCCAUAUGGUUCAAAGUGAACUUUAAGAUGAUCUCAAAGCUCACCUUGAAUUAUGUUGUAGUAGACAAAAAAAUUUUCAAGCGGUCCACUAACAGCAGAAUAAACUAAACUGAUCACGUUGCGUGGUUCACCCUGUAGAAGAUUCAAAAUUCAUAUAGGAAAUUCAAAAUCCAUAGGUGGGAACCCACAUGGACUGUUACUUAGGAUCUGAGUUUUUGGUCCAAAUCCUCAGGGGGAACCAUGGGAAUCCAUAUGGAUUUCCUAUAUAGAUUCCCACCAGGUUUCCUUUUCUCAACCUGGGAUGCUUUCGGCACGUCCAAAACAAACUUAACCCACGGCUUGAUCAUUUUCGAGCGCACACGGUCCGACCGCCGAUUCGCGGCGCACUCGUUUUCCAAUGGCAUUUUCUCCAUACGUGCGAAAGUGUACUUAAAACUAACUCGCCAGCCACCGAACUCGGCUCAUGCGCGAAAUUGCGCGACACCGUGAGCGGCGUUUCGCCACACGUCAUCGUCAGCACGACGUGUGAUCGAGGCACAACCGGCCGUUUCGUUGCAGCUUCGCCAACGAUUCCGCGAGCGUUCGUUAGGAUUCCCCGUGAGAUGCGAUCUCUCUUGGCGUUCUCUUCUUUAACUUGAGGGCUCACACCGGCAACUUGCUGUUGCGUCGACCGACCGAGAGACACGACGAUGCUCCCUCCUCGCGAUAUUUAUCCUCACGGAAAAGCUUACAUUUAUUUUGUAGAGAUUAUACACCCGAGAGCAUACCUCCCGUGCUGAGAGAGAGAAGCGGAUUUAUACACCUCGUUUACGAGACACCUGUAUUAUAAUUUAUUGGCGGCGCAUUUUUGUAAUAUAUAUAUAAACACAUAUGGCAGGCAGUUACUAUUACGUAGGAUUUACUGUAUAUUUAGACGCGAUGAGGACGAACAAAGGUUUAUACAUAAGAACCGAUAGGUGCUUUUAAUCAUUCGCGCUGAACCCACGCGCGCUCGGAUGUGUGUAUCGUGUGCCGUAGGCGUUCGAGUGGAAUAGUUUUCCUUCGCAUUUUGUAACGCAGGCUGUUAGGUGUUCGACUGACAUCAAUCGCGCGUAUGAGGGAGAGAAGAAACAACACCAAUUCGUCGAGCGUUGUCGUAAUUUCUCUUUGUAUGUACGGUGGUAUCCGUGAAAGGAAGAAUCCUUUCGCGUAGUCGUACACCGCUCCGUGAGGUCUCCGCGGCGUGAAGGAAUCCGCGUAGAACCGCCCCGAGACCUCGCAGGAGCGUCAACUGAGCGCUCUCGUCCCCUCAUAACGCGUAUGUACGUAACGAUAUUUUGUAUUAUUAUUAUUAUUAUUAUUAUUGUACAACUUACGAACUGCAUAUAUACACUACGUGUCGAGAGUAGUUGUUCUAAAGUUACACGAGAAGAAAAAUUAGAGGAAGAACUCUCGAUGUAAAGACCGUUCCACAAUGGCGUAAAGUACGCGGCCAGACAUGAGCGGUAAGCUAAUUAACCAAUUGGAUUCUCUCACGGCCCAAGAAUAAUUGGCCGUAAAUCGGUUAAUUAGCUUACCGUUUACGUCUUGCCGCGUACUUUACGCACACUUUGUUGCAGAACGGCAAGUUUAAUACACGCGUGAUAUCCUUAGAGGAACUUUACCACACAUACAUCGAAUCGUUUUCUUAUGACGCUUAGAAUCGUAUUUUCGGUAUAUGGUGAGCGCGAGAGCGCUCUCUCUCUCUCUGUUCGUUUUGUCAUUGGAGAAAUCCUGCCGUUGUACCGAACAAUAAUUGCGCUCUUUCGCUAGAUCGAGACGCGCCACAAGCUGAAUUGAAUUGUGUUACCUUCUAAGAACACCUUAUUUGUACAUAGAUAUAUUUAUACAUAUAUUAUAUAUAUAUAUAUAUAUAUAUACAUAAUAAUUAUUCAUAUUACAAAACCAGAAUAUGUACACAUGAGCGCAUUGAUAUAGCCGAUGCAAUAGCGGAGUAAACUCGUUUGAAUAUCGUGCAAUGUCAAAAAUAAUUUUUAAGGCCGAAAUAUACCUGAAAAGGAUACAAAGCAUUCGAGAGAGGUGUCUAGGCGAGAGACUACUAUUCACAGACUCGAAACUUUAAACGCAAGUAAAGGGAAGUUGUAUAAAAUCGAAUUCUCAUUUUCAGUGGCUCCUCCGCAGAAACGUUGAUUUCCUCGACCGUAUUUCGCGACACGCUCUCCGAUCCACCAAGAUCCCGCAAGGAUUAAUUUUUGCACAUAUUGACACACGUUAUCUGUACAUUUAUAGGUUUCGAUCGUUUUUCAAUAAAGAUUCAUGGAAGA